UUGACGUGUCACCUGGAGGAGGACAGAGGAGGACCGAGGAGACAGGGGGGACCAGGAGGGACCAGGAGGGACCAGGAGGACCCGGGACAUGUCCCCUCUCUGACGGCGGCGUCCCGGGAGCCAUGUCCCCGGAGCGGCCUGUCUGCGGUCCAGCAUGCAGUGGAGGAGACACGUCUCCGGGCUCGUCUUCGGCUCCGUCUUCGUCGUGUCGUAUUUCACCAACAAGUUUGUUCUGUCGGUGUUGAACUUCACCUACCCCACCUUGUUUCAAGGAUGGCAGACGCUGAUCGGCGCUGUGCUGCUGCUGCUGUCGGGGAAGCUGGGAUGGGUGGAGAUGCGAGGCAUCAGCAGGUCUGCAGCUGUCUCCUGCCUUCCCGGAUCGGUCCUGUUCCUGGGGAAUAUCUACGCCGGUUCCAGGGCCUUGUCUCACAUCGACAUCCCUUUUUUCUUCACCCUUCAGAACUCCUCUCAUGUCGUCAGUUACUUCAUCCUCAAGGUUCUGCAGAGAGAGCAGAAGACUCGGCGGCUGAAGCUCAUCAGCAUCGCCCUCAUGCUGCUCUCAGCCGUCAGCCUCCCGUUCCACGACCCCCAGUCGGACCGCAGCGGCUACCUGUGGGCCGUCGGCCACCUGCUGUGUGUCGGAGCUUACCGAGUCUUUCAAGUUCACUACAAGUCCUCCAACUUGAGUGACCUGGAGCAGCAGUGCAUCAACUACCUGUUCAGCGUGCUGCUGCUGGCCGCCGCCGCUCACCCGACAGGCGACCUCAGCGGCGCCUUGGCGUUCCCGUCCCUCCGCUCGUACAUGUUCCACUGCGGCUGCUGUGCCAGCGCCCUGCUGGGGUUCCUGCUGCUGCUCGCCACCGUGAGGCUGAAGAGCGGACUGUCCCUGGAGCACUUCGGGGCGUGGAUGUUCCUGUCCAAGGUCGCGGCCAUGAGCCUGUCGCCGUUCUUCUUCAACAUGGACGUCAACGCCGCCUCUCUGGCCUGUGUGAUCUUCAGCCACGUCGGCGAGGCGCUGCUGCUGUAUUCAGAGAGAGGCUCUCACCCGUGACGCCCUCCACACGUUCACGUCUCGCACUCCGUCGAAGCUCCGAGAUUCUUUUAUAGAAGAUUAUUUUUCCACUGUUACUGAUGGCCUCCUGAUUAAAUAACUCCUCUUUUCA